AUGAUUCUGAUCUAUAAGAAGAUCAAGAAGCGGAAUGAAAGGAAGAAGCUGGAGGCACAACGGGAAUUAGGCCUUGCUCAAACCCCUGCUGUGAAUGAAGUCUCAGUGGUAGCAAUGGAAGCAACCCUCGAAAAACGACAAACCUCACCCGAGGAAAGAGCCGAGAGAAAGAAGAGACGGAUUUACCGCUGGAAAGUUAUUCUCGGUCUUUUCGGUCCAUUCUGUCUUCAGUCACUGGAUACGACUAUCAUUGCCUCUGCUCUGCCAUACAUCGCCGAGGAUUUCGACCAAGUCAGCCAGUUGAAUUGGAUCAUCUCGGCUUUCAACCUGACCUCCGCCGCAUCCCUGUUCUUCUGGGCCCAGCUUGCAGACCUGUUUGGGAGACACAACACACUCCAAGCCGCUAUCUUUAUCAUGAUAAUUGGAUCGGCUAUUUGUACCGGCUCCCCAACCUCGACAUACGGUGUUCUCCUUCUCGGUCGUGCCUUACAGGGUAUCGGUGCCGCCGGCGUGAACAUUUCCGUCCGAACAAUCCUGGCGGAUGGUGUCUCGCUCUCGGAGUUUGCUGUUAACUGGACCAUCUUUGCCCUUGUAGCGGGUAUUGGAUUCAGUAUCGGUCCCGUUAUUGGUGGAUACUUGACCACCGCGUCGUGGAGGUGGUGUUUCGCUAUUAACCUACCUAUCGGCGUGGCGGCUAUGAUCCUGCUUGUUUUCAUUCUUCGCAAAGAUCUUCAGGGUCCACAGCCUCUUCCACAACUCGAAGGUCGGGAUCUCUCUACCGCUCCUCGCCGUUUCAUGGCGCGGAUCAUGACGAUUGAUUGUGGUGGUCAGAUGCUUUUCCUUUGGGGAUUUGGUCUCCUUAUUCUUGCUCUCACAUGGGCUGGUGGUAAUUAUGCUUGGAACUCUGCUGCUGUUCUGGCUCCUAUUAGUAUCGGUGCUGUCUUAUCAAUCGCCUGGGUGGUCUAUGAGCGACUGAUGGUCCCUGGAGCUUUCAUGGCACGUGCUCUACCCCGUCAAAGGGCCAUGAUGCCAUGGGAGCUGAUCUCACAACGUGACAUCGGCUUAUUAUUCCUCAUCAACUUUACGAUGGGAGUGUCCAUGUUCGCUGUAAUGUACUUCAUGGACCUGUACUUUGCCCUUGUGGAAGGAAACAGCGCAAGUAAAGCCGGGACAUCCCUACUAUACUUUUUACCAGGCUUGGGUGCCGGUGCCUACAUGGCCAUGUUCUCAUCCAAUAUCUGGCCCCGUCAAACCCUCCCCGCUCUUAUGCUCGGCAGCAUCGCCUCCGCUGUCGGAAUCACAGUCCUAGCAUGGGCCGUCAAAGCUGCUGAAAAGAACCUCAUCUACGGCAUGAUGGCACUCGUAGGCUUUGGCGUUGGAAGUCGCAUGAAUCCCGCCUCUUUGCACGGUCUGGCUUAUUUCCCAGCUAUGACAGCCCAGAUCUCAUGUUUAGUCUCUUUUGCGCUUCCAUUUGGCGGUCUCGUGGGAUUAACCAUCAUGUCGACGGUUUUCACGAAUAAAAGUGGUACGAACGAGUCUGAUCCUAAGAAAGGUAUUAUGUGGGCGUUUGUUGCCAUGAUGCCGUUUAUGUGGAUUUCUGUCAUCUUGACUACUUUCCUUGGGAAUGUUUGGAUUCAAAAGGAUGGUGGACAUGAGGUUGUGAAUGGGGCUUAUUUGUGGAGCUUUGUUACUCGCAAGAAGCUUUCUAGGGAAAAACGGGAUCGGGUUGAGGAUGUGAGACCUGUGAGUGUCGGUAAUGAUGUGGAGAUGAAUCCCCAUGCUGGUUCGGGUCAGGGGGAUAUUACUCGGGGUUGA